UCCCGCUGUAGGGCAACGUAAAAUGUGGAGUUUUCCUUUUCCAGUGUUGGCCUUAAUUAGUUAUGUCACGUCAAUGGGCCUGCCUGAAUACAUAAACUCAUGCUCAAGAAACGACCCUGAAGUGAACGAAUGUGCUCUCAAAUCUGCAAGAGAAUCAAUCCACCAGUUCUCUUUGGGGGACCCAAGUAGAGGCCUGCCAUCUUUAGACCCGGUGUAUGUUGAAGAGAUGAUAGUAUACAUUCCUAAUGAAAAUGGGUUGAAAUUAGUAUUCAAAAAUAAUUAUUUCCACGGUCUUGCUGGGAUGCAGCUGGAGAAUUUGAAGUUUGAUUUCGACAAGAAAAUAAUAACAACGGAAGCUCUAGUCAAUUUGGACGUAAUAAACAAGUACGAACUCUCAGGCAAGCUUAUGGUAGUUCCAAUCAAAUCCAAUGGGGAUUCUUCUAUAAAACUGAAAAAUACCGAUCUCCGUGUCAAAAUGUGGUACGAACACGUAACGAGGGAGGACGGCAAAAUACACUGGAAUAUCACAAAACACGACAUCAAGUACGAGGUGGAGCGAGCCGUCUUCAGAUUGGAGAACCUACUUGGAGAUAAGCAAAUUGGUGACCAAAUCAACAAUCUCCUGAACGAGGUGUGGCGUGACAUAGUGGCUGAUGUUGGCCCAUACAUCUGCAACGCGCUCAGCUCGGCCGUAGUGAAGAACUUGGGAGUGUUCCUGGACCAAGUGCCUAUCGACGAACUGUUCCCGGAAUAAUUCAAUACAGGGUGUAAGGGACAUGUUAGCGUGUGAUUUAUUGAACUAGAUUGCAAAGCGAGUGUUGGCUUUAUAAUAUGUACUAUUGCUAUGUACACGAAUGUUGUGAACAAAAAUGUUAAAGUAGCAUUAUUGUUUGCGCUGCACAGUGUGUUAUGGGACUGUAUAAACGGACAUUCUCAUUGAUUUGAUGAAACGUAUAGAGCUCAGUUAUACAAACAUGAUAGUAAAACUCCCGUUUGAAAAUUCCACGUAGUUUUCGCGGUAUCAAAAUUCAAAGUUACCUAUUUUUUUACUUCAAAAUUAUGCAAAAAUAUUCUCACUCGUUAACUAAUAACAUUUAAUUCAGAAUUGUUAUAAUACUUCAUAGAGCUCUUAAAACUACACGUAACUAGCGGCCGCCCGCGACUUCGUACGCGUGGAUCCCGUUUUAUCCCCUUUAAAUUUUUCCUGAAUUUUCUUUACUAUAAACCUCACGGAGCCCGAGACCUUUCCAACGAAUGCAAAACCGUGGAAAUCGGUUCGUGCGUUCUGGAGUUAUAGCGUCAGGGAGGAAAACCCGACUUAUUUUUAUAUAGUAGAUAAGCGUAUUAAGUGCUUCGUAAACGCAUUCAGUUAAUUAGAAAAAAUGAUUUUAGUGAUUUUUGUUUUUAUUUUUUUUCUCAAUUAUACCUUAACUAGCUGUGCCCGCGACUUCGUCCGCGUGGAAUAAUGACUUUGGGUACUGGGUAGACACUUUUAAUAAUUUAGUCUAAUUAUUUUACAAAUAGCUUUUGCCCGCGACUUCGUCCGCGGAGAAGUCGAAAACGUUCUCAUUCGAUUUUUAAAUGUUAUUAUCUAAAUGUUUGAAUACUUAUAAAAUAUAAAAAUCUUAAAGGUUAAAUUAAUAAACAUAAAAAUAAAAUUUUCUUAUAUUUUAUGAAUAUGCAGC